CCCCGCGCCCCGCGCUCCCGCCGGUCCGCGCAAUCGCGGCUAACAGUUUUAUUUCCUCGAAUAAACUUUAUCAAACAAAGCGUGCGUGCCCCGCGCGCCCUGCAUCUGCUCGCCCAGCUGUUCCCGCUGCAGCUGACCUUGCCGUCUCGCUCUAGCGUUCGCUACGCCCCGCCCCCUGACAGAGAUAGCAAGUCUCGGUGUAAUCGCGGGGCCCUUCAAUUCCCAGUGCAUAGCCCAUUCGCAGUUUGUGUUUCGAUGCCGUCGGGCAAACUGAUAAUGAUGAACAAGCGUAAGCGCGACGAUACCGGCGACCGCCGCGCUAAGCGUCAACGCAUUCGCAAGCGUUCUCGCAGCGAGCCGCUGAGGAACGACUCCGUUACUGCUGAGAAGAGGGAGGCUCUCAAGCGUCUGUUCGGGAGAAUCUGCUCCGUGGAGAUGGACGACAACCAGCGCGUGUCGGACGAGGAGGAGGAGUUGGCGUACGAGCUGCUGCGCGAGCAGAACGAAGACCCGCUGCUGGAUGACGUGCCGGUGGACAUGGACCCGGAGCAGCUCGGGUUCCUGGUGUGUGCUCAGGAGACUCUGCGCUUCCUGCACGGGCGUGGCAUCUCGUUCGAGCACCCGGUGUUCGCGCGCCUCCGCCUGCGCCUGCUGCAAGGGAUCGGCGAGAUUGGGGUUGCCUGAGUAUUGCUGGGCCCUGAGCCCGCCCGCAUGUAAACUCUCCGCAACCGAUGUCUUCGUUUCGGCCACUUCGUUUCGGAUCACUUCCUCGUGUGUUUCUUUAACCCUGUGCCCCGUGACGUUCUUUCUUCGGAGUUGUUUCUAUCUUCAUGUUAAGGUUCCGGCAAAUCAAGUCAAAAUAAAGACUCUAUACACAUUGUGGCGUUUAAAAGCAACAGGUGUCCCGCUUGGGAAUUCUAGUCACUAUCUAGUCAAAUUUUACGUAUUAUAUGUGUUAAGAAAUUUACUCUAUUGAUGUAUAACGAUUGAAUAAAUCGUCUCUAUGGAA